AUGACCACAUCUCGUAAAUCGCAUACGAAAGACAAAAAGGCUAGUGGUGAACAGGAUCUGGCGGAUUUGAAGUUUAAGUAUGACCUUCUGACGAAUGAGCUUUUCCACUUAAGGGAGUUUGUUUCACUGAUAGACUAUGAUCCAACCCAUUUCAAUGACUCUGAAAGUUUUCAGAAGUUUCUCAAGGACACACACUUGUUGCUAGAGGAGGGAGCAGAAACUUCUGCUAAUGACGUAAUAAAGAAAAGCACAAAUGGCGAUCUCACUCGCAGAAGACGUAACCUCAGAACAUCAACAGUUGUUAGCUCUGAAACGACCAAUGAUAAAAAGGGUGAUAUAGAACAGAAGCUAGAAAGCAUCGCACCCUUAGUGCGAAAUAAAUGUCAAGAACUAAAAUAUAGACUAAAGGAUUAUUCAAAUACGAAAUCUCUGGUACCGCAAAAAAGACCGAUACAGCAUUUAAAGAAGAGAGAGGUCACGAAGGCUUUGAAAUUUAAGAGUGAAAGAAAGGAAAAUUUACCGGCAUUGCCUGCCCCUAAAACUGAAGAAAAACAUGAUCGCAUUGCAAAAGUCGAAGAGACUUCUCAAGCGUUCACGAUUAAGUAUCAUUCUGAUGACAGCUCCUUUGAAAACACUAGUGAACAUUAUAGUGAUAAUUUUUAUUUUACCACAUCAUCCGAAGAGGAAGAAAUAAAGAAGAAAAGAGGUAGAAAGAAAAAAAGACCGAGGAUAAAACUGGUAGUUCACCCUCCAAAGCAAACAGUAACGAAUCCGUUGCAUGUAGUCAAGCCAAAAUAUGAAAACUUGCACGAAUACAUCGCUUCCUUUAAGUCACUAGAAGACGAUUUAACACUGGAGGAAUACAAUCAAUAUAUUGACGAACAAAGACAGCUUUUAUCAAGACUCAAAAAGGGUAUUGAAAACGGCGCAUUGAAAUAUGACAAAGGAACGGACUCACUGCAACCCAUAACAUCCAAGGAAAUUAAAACUAUUCUAGCAUAUAAACCAGACCCGAUUUCAUAUUUCUAUAAACAACAAGACCUACAAAUCCAUACAGAUCACUUAAUUAACCAAGGUGUUCAUAUGAGCAAGCUAUUUAGAAGUACGACAAAAGCAAGGAUAGCCAGAGCCAAAAAGGUUUCUCAGAUGAUAGAACAGCAUUUUAAACACGCAGCCGGUGCAGAAGAAAGAAAGGCAAAGGAGGAGGAGAGGCACAAAAAGUCAUUAGCAAGGUUUGCAGUUCAAGCCGUUAAAAAAAGAUGGAACAUGGCUGAAAAGGCUUAUAGGAUUUUGAGAAAAGAUGAAGAAGAACAGUUAAAAAGGAUUGAGGGUAAACAGCAUCUCUCUAAAAUGUUAGAGAAAAGUACCCAAUUGUUGGAAGCUCAACUAAACCAAGUUAACGAGGAAGAGAAAAGCAGCAAUCUGUCUUCUGACUCAGAUGACCUAUUGAGUGAAAGUGAUGUUGCUAUGGAUGAGGAAUUAUCAACAUCUUCUGAUGAAGACGAGGAAGUCGAUGUUGAUGUUGGGUUAAAAAAUAGUCCAGUAUCGACGGAAGCUACUCCGACCGACGAAUCAUUAAAUCUAAUACAAUUGAAAGAAAAAUACGGGCAUCUUAAUGGUUCGUCGACAGCAUAUGACUCAAGAAAUAAAAAUGGAAAGUUUCCGACGUUGGACGAGCAUGAAAGUUCAAGUAGCGAAAAUUCUAUAAUGACGGGAGAGGAAUCCUCGAUAUAUUCAUCCUCUGAAAAUGAAAGUCUAAACGAAAAUGAACGAGAAUCCGAAGAUAAAACUCCAUCUGUGGGUUUAAGUGCAUUAUUUGGUAAAGGUGAAGAGUCAGAUGGGGAAUUCGACCUUGAUGAUAGCGAAGAUUUUGCGGUUAACAGUUCAUCUGCAGAAGGCGAAGAACUUGAAAAAGAUCAAAUGGGGGAUUCAGCCGCCAAUAUUGAAAAAGCACGCGAACUUGACCAUACUCAAAAUGAAAAUAGGAAUGAUAUAAAAGGUAUCGAAGAAGAUGUCCAGACAAAAAUACAAGAAGAACAAUUAUCAGUGGUAGAUGUACCUGUUCCAUCUUUACUAAGAGGGAACUUAAGGACGUACCAGAAACAAGGUUUGAACUGGUUAGCCUCUCUUUACAACAAUCACACAAACGGUAUUUUGGCAGAUGAAAUGGGGUUAGGUAAAACUAUUCAGACGAUCUCUUUGCUAGCGUAUUUAGCCUGUGAAAAGGAAAACUGGGGGCCACAUCUCAUUGUUGUUCCUACAUCAGUUUUGCUGAAUUGGGAGAUGGAAUUCAAAAGGUUUGCACCUGGAUUUAAAGUUUUAACAUAUUACGGUUCUCCUCAACAACGUAAAGAGAAAAGGAAAGGUUGGAAUAAGCCUGAUGCCUUUCACGUUUGUAUUGUUUCUUAUCAAUUAGUAGUUCAAGACCAGCAUUCUUUUAAGAGAAAGAGAUGGCAAUAUAUGGUGCUGGAUGAAGCCCAUAAUAUCAAAAACUUUAGAUCUACAAGAUGGCAGGCACUUUUGAAUUUCAACACACAAAGAAGGCUCCUGUUGACUGGUACGCCUUUGCAAAAUAACCUCGCUGAGCUGUGGUCAUUAUUGUAUUUCUUAAUGCCACAGACUGUUAUUGACGGGAAAAAGGUAUCCGGAUUUGCUGACCUUGAUGCAUUCCAACAAUGGUUUGGACGGCCUGUCGAUAAAAUUAUUGAAACGGGUCAGAAUUUUGGACAGGACAAGGAAACGAAAAAGACUGUUGCCAAGUUGCAUCAAGUUUUACGUCCAUAUCUUUUAAGAAGGUUAAAGGCUGAUGUUGAGAAACAAAUGCCAGCGAAAUAUGAACAUAUCGUCUAUUGUAAGCUAUCUAAAAGGCAAAGAUUCUUAUACGAUGAUUUCAUGUCAAGAGCUCAGACGAAGGCGACUCUAGCUAGUGGAAAUUUUAUGUCUAUUGUCAACUGUUUGAUGCAGUUGAGAAAAGUGUGUAACCAUCCCAAUUUAUUUGAGGUCAGGCCAAUAUUAACAUCAUUCGUCCUUGAACAUUGUGUGGCCUCCGACUACACCGAUGUCGAAAAGACUGUGCUUAAUUUGUUUCAAAAAAACAAUCAAUUUAACCUGGUUGACUUAGAUUUCAUGAACUUGGUGUUUACUCUUAAUGACAAAGAUUUGACUUCUUAUCAUGCUCAGGAAAUCUCAAAACUGACAUGUGUGAAUGAUUUCGUUGGAGAAGUAAAUAAAUUGAAGGAAACUAAUAAACAACUUCAGGAGGAAUUUGGAGAGUCUUCUUUGAAUUUUCAAGAUGCAAAUCAAUAUUUCAAAUAUUCUAAUCAACAGAAGCUUGAAGGAACAGUUGGAAUGCUGAACUUUCUAAUGAUGGUAAACAAACUGAGGUGCAAUAGGAGACCUAUAUUUGGAAAAAACCUCAUUGAGCUAUUAACUAAAGAUAGGAAGAUAGAAUACGAUAAAUCAAGCAUCAUCGACGAUGCAUUAAUAAGACCUUUACAAACCAGGGUGCUAGAUAAUAGAAAGAUCAUAGAUACCUUUGCAGUUUUAACGCCAAGCGCUGUUUCAUUGGAUAUGAGAAAACUGACACUGGGAUUAAAUGAUGACAGUUCGGUAAAUGAAAACACAAAGCUAAAGGUAGUGCAGAACUGCUUUGAGGUAUCUAACCCAUUGCACCAACUGCAAACCAAACUAACAAUUGCAUUUCCGGAUAAAUCGCUACUUCAAUACGAUUGUGGUAAACUGCAGAAAUUAGCGAUUUUAUUACAACAACUGAAGGACAAUGGCCAUAGGGCCCUUAUCUUCACACAGAUGACAAAAGUUCUGGAUGUCCUAGAGCAGUUUUUAAACUAUCACGGUUAUUUGUAUAUGAGACUGGAUGGUGCCACGAAGAUUGAAGACCGUCAAAUUCUCACAGAGAGAUUCAACACGGAUUCCAGAAUAACGGUGUUCAUCCUAUCAAGUAGAUCAGGAGGGCUAGGCAUCAAUCUGACUGGUGCAGAUACAGUUAUUUUUUACGAUUCAGAUUGGAAUCCAGCCAUGGACAAACAGUGUCAGGAUAGAUGUCACAGAAUUGGUCAGACUCGAGACGUCCAUAUUUACAGAUUCGUCAGCGAACAUACCAUAGAAAGUAAUAUUUUGAAAAAGGCCAACCAAAAAAGACAGCUGGAUAAUGUCGUUAUUCAAGAAGGUGACUUCACCACUGAUUACUUCAGCAAACUUUCAGUAAGAGACCUAUUGGGAUCCGAAUUGCCCGAAAAUGCUUCAGGUGAGGACAAGCCACUGAUAGCAGACGCAGACGUGGCAGCCAAAGACCCUAGACAACUGGAAAGAUUACUUGCGCAAGCUGAGGAUGAGGAUGACGUUAAAGCCGCAAACUUAGCCAUGAGAGAAGUCGAAAUUGACAAUGAGGAUUUCGACGAAAGCGCAGAGAAAAAAGCAGCUAAUGAAGAGGGAGAGAGUCCCGCUGAACUGGAUGAGUAUGAGGGCACUGCCCAUGUUGACGAGUACAUGAUCAGGUUUAUCGCCAACGGUUAUUAUUAUUGA